CUGAGCUGCUGAGCGGAGAGGUUCCUAUAAGGUGUCAGGAUGUCACUGUCUAUUUCUCCAUGGAGGAGUGGGAGUAUUUAGAAGAACACAAGGAUCUGUACAAGGACGUCAUGAUGGAGAAUCACCAGUCCAUCACAUCACCGGGUGAAGACGGGAUGAGUGGCUCCCAUGGACAUCUCCAUUUAUCUUCCCAUCAUGAAGCAGAAGAUAACAAUACCACACAAGAUGAUUCAGUAACUCCUCAUGUACCCUCAGUCCUUCACAGCGGAGAUCUAUCCACCGAUACCGCUGGUCACUGGAAACCUUCAUCUAAGCAAUCACUGACUGGCAAACAAAUAACUGGACUUAACUGUUCUAAUCUUUCUUUGCACGAGAGAAGUCACAAACCUAAAAUGGCAUUUUCAUGUUCAGAAUGUGGGAAAUAUUUUAGUCCCAAAUCGGCCCUUAAUAGACAUCAGAGAACUCACACAGGGGAAAAACCAUUUUUAUGUCCAGAAUGUGGGAAAUGUUUUAGACAGAGAUCAUCGCUUGCGGAACAUCUACGAAUUCACACAGGAGAGAAGCCAUUUUUAUGCUCAGAAUGUGGAACAUGUUUUACCUAUAAAACAGAUCUCGUUCGUCAUCAGAGAACUCAUACAAGAGAGAAGCCAUAUUCAUGCUCAGAAUGUGGGAAAUGUUUUCGUCAAAAACUAGAUCUUGAUAGACAUCAGAGAACUCACACAGGGGAGAAACCAUUUUUAUGUCCAGAAUGUGGGAAAUGCUUUAAUCAAAAAUCAACUCUUGUGGAACAUCUAAGAACUCACACAGGAGAGAAGCCGUUUUCAUGCUCAGAAUGUAGAGCUUGUUUUACCCAUAAAUCAGCUUUGCGUCAUCAUCAGAGAACUCACAAAAGAGAGAAACCAUUUUCAUGCUCAGAAUGUGGGAAAUGUUUUAGUAAAAAAUGUCAUCUUGAUCGACAUCAGAGAACUCACACAGGGGAGAAACCAUUUUUAUGUCAAGAAUGUGGGAAGUGUUUUAAUCAGAAAUCAUCUCUUGUAGGACAUCUAAGAAUUCACUCAGGAGAGAAGCCAUUUUCAUGCUCAGAAUGUGGAAAAUGUUAUCACCUGAAAUCGGGUCUUGUUAUACAUCAGAGAACUCACACAGGAGAGAAGCCAUUAUGCUUGUUAGGAAUUACAGCUCUAAUAUGUAGCUACUUCUUUUUCAAGGGACCAAAGAGGAUCACUGAGCUGCUGAGCGGAGAGGUUCCUAUAAGGUGUCAGGAUGUCGCUGUCUAUUUCUCCAUGGAGGAGUGGGAGUAUUUAGAAGAACACAAGGAUCUGUACAAGGACGUCAUGAUGGAGAACCACCAGUCCCUCACAUCACCGGGUGAAUAUUGGAUGAGCGACUUCCAUCGACAUUUCCAUGUAUCUUUCUAUAAUGAAGCAGAAAAUAACACCAUGCAAGCUAAUUCAAUAACUCCUAAUGUACCCUCAGUCCUUCACAGUGGAGAUCUAUCCUCCGACAUUGCUGGUCACAAGAUGCCUUUGUCUAAUCAGUCACUGAUUUUGAAACAAAUAACUGAACAUCACUGGUCUAAUCUUGCUAUGCAUGAGAGAAAUCAAAGACCUAAAAGGGCAUUUUUAUGUUCAGAAUGUGGGAAAUAUUUUAACCAAAAAUCGGAUCUUGAUAGACACCAGAGAAUUCACACAGGAGAGAAACCAUUUUCAUGUUCUGAAUGUGGGAAAUGUUUUAGUCGAAAAUUAUCUCUUGUAGAACAUCUAAGAAUUCACACAGGAGAGAAGCCGUUUUCAUGCUCAGAAUGUGGAAUAUAUUUUACCCAUAAAUCAGCUCUGCUUCAUCAUCGAAGAACUCAUACAAGCGUGAAGCCAUUUUUAUGUUCAGAAUGUGGGAAAUGUUUUAGUCAAAAAUUGGAUCUUGAUAGACAUCAGAGAACUCACACAGGGGAGAAGCCAUUUUCAUGUCCGGAAUGUGGGAAAUGUUUUAGUCAGAAAUCAUCUCUUGUGGAACAUCUAAGAAUUCACACAGGAGAGAAGCCAUUUUCAUGCCCAGGAUGUGAAGCCUGUUUUACCUAUAAAACAGAUCUCCUUCGUCAUCAGAGAACUCACACAAGAGAGAAGCCAUAUUCAUGCUCAGAAUGUGGAAAAUGUUUCAGUCAAAAAUUGGAUCUUGAUAGACAUUGGAAAACUCACACGGGAGAGAAACCAUUUUUAUGUCCUGAAUGUGGGAAGUGUUUUAGUCAGAAAUCAUCUCUUGUAGAACAUUUAAGAAUUCACACAGGAGAGAAGCCGUUUUCAUGCUCAGAAUGUGGAUCCUGUUUUGCCCAUAAAUCAGCUUUGCGUCAUCAUCAGAGAACUCACAAAAGAGAGAAGCCAUUUUCAUGCACAGAAUGUGGGAAAUGUUUUAUUCGAAAAUCAGAUCUUGAUAGACAUCAGAGAACUCACACAGGGGAGAAACCAUUUUUAUGUCCUGUAUGUGGGAAAUGUUUUAAUCAGAAAUCGUCUCUUGUGGGACAUCUAAGAAUUCACACAGGAGAGAAGCCGUUUUCAUGCUCUCAAUGUGGCAAAUGUUUUAGCCUGAAAGUGGGUCUUAUUAGACAUCAGAGAACUCAUACAGGAGAGAAACCAUUUUCAUGUUCAGAAUGUGGGAAAUGCUUUAGUCUGGAAUCGAGUCUUGUUAGACAUCAGAGAACUCACAUGGGGAGAAGCCAUUGUUAUGAUCAGAGUGAGAAACCAUUGUAAUGAUCAGAUCUCAUACAUAAAUUGGACUUGCAACUAUUUAGCAUAUUAUUAUUUAUGUAGAUUUUUGUCAUGUAACUGCAUCAUUACAAUUUGCUUGCUCCUAAAAUUCAAUUUUUUUUGUAAUUUCACCUUUGGCUUUCAACACUGCCUGAAUCCUUCUGGGCAUGCUCUCGAUCACAUUAAAGCAUGCCUUGACUAAAAUCUGUUCCCAGGUCUCUUCUACACAUUCCCAAUGUUGGUGCGUACUGGUUGACUCACUUGGGUACGAAUACAGCUAUUCCUUCAAAGCUACCAACAAGUGUUCGAUUGGGUUGAGGUCUAGGGACUGUGGGGGCCAAUCCAGCACCUCUACUUCAUUGUCAUUGAACUAUUUAUUCGCCAAUCUCGACAUAUGCAUCGGGUCGUUCUUCUGCUGGAACACUACGUUGUCCUUUUCAUAUCCAAAGUAAGAAAUAACUCGCCUUGUAGGAUACUCACAUAUAGUUCAGCAUUGAGACCACCAUCGAUCCUGGUGAAGUAUCCAACACCUUUGACUGUGAAACAACCACAUAUCAUCAGGCUUCCUCCACCAAACUUGACUGUUCCUUCAAUUUCUCGAUCCAUUUGCCCCCUUUUCCCUUGUUGCUUCCAGACCCAUUUGCACCCAUCAGAGCCAAGUUUAUUGACUUUCAUCUCAUCGCUCCAAAUCACCCAUUUCUGAUCUUCUACUGUCCACUGUUUGUACUUUUUUACAAACGCUUCUUAUGAAAGUCAAGGCUUCUUCACCUUUUUUCGGGCCACAAUCCCAGACUUCUGUAAUGCAUGUCGCACAGUGCUUGCAUGGAUGUCUGUGAUCUCACACCUCCACUGCUUGUCACUCAAGAACUGAUAGACCUUGUGAUGAGCCGACUUGUUGACAUAUUGCCUGGACGUCCACCUCUUGGCUUUGGAAUGGAUGGACGGACUUCAUUUUGUAUUCUUCCAACUGUUAUGGCGCUCACAUAAUGCAGUUUUACC